AUUUCUAAUUAGGCGUUUUGAAGCUAAUUACAUUAAAUAAGCUAAUGCUAAUGCGAAUUUUAACUAUUAAGGAGUGUAAAGUUUUGGUAGUUUAUUUCCGGUUUACUUUCUGCGCAUGUGCCAACAACUACAACUGUCAACCGUUGUUUCGCGACGUUCAGCUCCGUCGGUGAUGAGGAGUACACCAAGUUGAAGACGGGAUGAUAGUUUUUACAAGUUAUCACAGCAUCAUGCAAGAAAAUUAUUUGCUGGAAAUAUAAAUCUUGAUGGAUAUUCUCAAACAAAAGAAAUGAUGGAUGAUGAAAGUCAACAAGAAGUGCAGAAUCUCCCACCUGGAAGGUUUAAUGACAUUAGACUAAAGUUUGAACAAGCUAAACUCACUUCACAGGUGGAAAAUGACAAUAGUUCAAACGACAGUGUCUUUCACAACACUGCCCCUAUUCCUAAACCAGCACCAAGGUCAUCAGCAGUGAUCCCACCAAAACCUACAGUCAAAGUUAAAAAAGUUGAUCUUGAAGAAAAGCCUACUCCUCCUGUUGUCAUUCCACGUGUCAAGCGAGAUUCACUUAUAAAGAAUGAAAGCAAUGAGGUAGCACAAACGGAAAUUGCUAACUCAGAGAGUAAUAACGGUAACUGUCAACUCCGACCGUUUGUACCAAAUCACAAGAGAGGGUUCUCUGAUUGUAUUACCAGUCAACGUAGUAACUCGUAUGAAAAAGAAAGAAAAUCUGACGGUUUUGCAAAUUAUGGAUGUGAGGACAUAGAUCGUUCUAACGAAGUUUUGAACAAAUCUAAAAGUUUCCAAACACCUAAAAAACCUGAAAUUGCAGCUAGGCCUAACACCGCUUUAUACGGUCGGGACGGCCUUCAACAUAAAAAAGUGACUAGGCACUCAUCGGUAAGAGAUUCCAAUAGAAAAGAUACUACAGCAAACACCUCACCAUUAUGCAGUGAUACCAAAUCUCAGGUUGACAUGAUGGAUAAAGAAAAUACAGAAAGCAAAAUUCCUAAAAUUCCGCCAAAACCAUUUAAUCUUCCAACUGGUACACCACCUAAAAAACCACCUCGGACUUAUAAACAUGAUUUAUUUUUAAAAAAUAAGGAAUCUGUUGUCUUUAAAGAAAAUGAGAUAUAUGAGAUGACAACUCCUAAUAAAAUAUCUAAACCAAAAACUGAAAAUGCUCACAAAAGGCCACCCCGUCCACCCCCACCUCGGCCACCUGCCCCUAAAUCUCCAUUAUCAGAUAAAGAAAAAGAUAAGGGAUUGAGGAAUUCUUUAAAAACUGUCAACAGUAACUCAAAGCCCUCAGUUGUUAAAAAUUCUGUGAUAUCAGAUGAAAACAAUUCAAAAUCUAGUUUUAACCUGAGGAGAUGUUUAAGUGUGGAAAGUAUACAUCCUGACAAUAAGUCUAAUUGUAAUAAUGCAAUCUAUUUAGAAACAUCGAAGUUUGGCAGAUCUCGUGAUGAUUUAGAUGCACUGAACAAUGUAGAGGUGUAUGUAGAUGAACAAGGUUAUGCCGUUCCUUACAAAUUUUAUAUCAAAGACGCACCAAACUCAGCUAAUAGCAAAGAUUCUUCAAAACAGUUUGAUUUUACUGAAAAACUCCAGCAUCUUAGGCGCCGUUUUGGAGACCCCACUUUAAAAAUUGCAAACACUCCACUGAAAAAUCUAAGUGGUUCCGAUCACAAGUUAAAUCGUGGAAAAGUUAAUUUGGUGAGGCAGAAAAUAAACCAGUCUUAUGCUGUUAUGCACAGAACUGUGAAACAACCAACUGAAACUUCUCAGUCAGAAAGACCUUUGUCCGAAAAUGAUUCAGAUACUGACAGUUUGGUUGAUGAAUCAGAAAUAAAGAAAAGACUAGAAUAUUGUAGCACUAUCAAAUCUAAAACGAGUGAAAGAGUCAAAAAGUCUUUACGAGUCCUUGACAAAAUCUAUCCUCAGUUAUUUGAGUAUGUUAUUUGUGUUGGUCUCCGACUAAAUACGGAAAAAUUGAAAUAUGAACCAUAUGUCAUCUAUAAAUUUCCUGAAAUACGGAACUACAAACUAGACACAGCUGGCCAUUUAAUGCUUUGUUCAGCAGUGGUUGACAGCAAUUUAUCUAUACCUCACUUUUGUUUUCCUGAUGCUGAAAUUUAUCAGUCACAAGAAGAAAUGAGCACCAAUCCCUACUGGUUUGUUCUGACUAACUUUGAUGGCGCUAGGGUUUUUGGUUAUUGCAGAAGAGUGUGGCCUUAUGGUCCAAAACUGACGCCAGAAGUCAUAUGUAUUAUCACCCCCAUUGAAGCUGUCAAUAUGUACAACAGUUUAUUGUUGGAGAUGGAAUCUCGAAGAUUAAUAUCACCUGAAAGCAUGCAAGAACUUAUGGCUUCUUCAUUUGGUAGACCUCUACCAAGUCCAGGAAAAGUUGUCACAAUAAGGGCUAUGAAUGAGGAGGGCGAAGUAGAUGUUAUAGAACUACAGAGGCCAAUGGAUACUCAUCUUGAAGGGUUGAAUUUGGAGUCUCUGUUGACAUUGUUAGGAAUAGAAAAACUUAUAUGGAUAUUUUCUACACUAUUGGUUGAAAGAAAUAUUAUUUUAUGCUCCAAGAAUCUCAGUACAUUAUCUCGAACAAUUCAUGGUUUGAUUACUUUGCUUUAUCCAUUCCAAUGGCAGCACACCUAUGUUCCUAUUUUACCCCCCAACAUGCUGGAAAUAGUUUGUUCUCCAACUCCUUAUAUUGUUGGCAUUUUAUCAUCGUACUUACCGGAUCUAAAAAAUAUGUCAAUUGAUGAAGUUGUUAUUCUUGAUUUGGAUAGGAAACAUUUUGUAAGUAAUAUUGGUGAUGAAUCCAGCAUUUUACCCAAGAAAAUCCAAAAAGCCUUGAGAUCUGCACUAGAUUCUGCCCGUAAUGAUAUUGAAGCUGAAGGGUCAAAGAACCUCAUGAUUUCUGAAGCUUUUCUUCGUUUAUUUGUUGAAAUGGUUGGUCAUACAGAAUCCUACAUUCUCACCCAACAAAAUGGAGAAAAAGUUUUUCAGAAAGAACAAUUUAUUCGGAGUGUGAAUUCAAAAAGCAUCCGUAAAUUCCUAGAAUGGUUCUCGGAAACACAGAUGUUUGAUGUGUUCAAACACUCCCUCUUAGAAAGAUCUAGUUCAUUAGAAUUGUUUUUAACACGGGUCUAUGAACACUCCAAUGAUAGUUCAACUGCUGGUAUGAAAAGUAAUGUGAAAGAUUUAGGGAAGAAAAUGAAGAAUUUUGGGAAAGCCUUAAAAACAAAGUUCUACACAUGAUAUUUCUUCAUAAAUGUCUUAAUCUGUUGUUCCUGAAUCCUGAUUUUUGAAUCUCUAUGUUAUUACAAUACCAUAAUAAUUGGUCUGUAGUCCGGCAGCUUAUCAUGAACCUUGGUUCAUUUGAUAUCUAAUCAGAAGUAUGAUACUGUUGAAAAAUGCUCGCGGUAAAAUUUUUUAAAUUUUUUAUUUAUUCUCCAUACAAAUAUUUUUGUUAUCGUUCUAGAUGACAGUUAAAACAAGUAAUUGGAAUAUUGCUAAAAUCUGAAUUUAUAAAAUUUUGCUGCUUUGCAUUUUUUUUUUCUUUGUCAUGUCCAAAAAAAAAAAUUGUAUGAGUUACCUCUCUUGUUCUCUCUUGCUUAUUUUAAAAACAACAAAAAAAAUUUGUUCAAAAUUUUGUUCUAAAUUUGAGAGACAUUGGGCACUGUUUGAAAUCAAUGCAACUAUUUUAUUUAAGAAAGAAAAGAAAAGUAUUAUCUCAUUUUUUGAAAUUUUUUCCACUAUUUCAAUUAAUUUCUUGAAGCUGUUGUAAAAAUUCUUAAAUUCUUGGCCUGCAAGUGAGAGAGUAAUUCUAUAAUGUCGAAGGAAUCUGAAACAAUGCUGACUCUGUUGACAAUAGUUCUGUUUCAAAACCUAACUAUGCAACAAAAUAAUAAGGCAGCUUAAAAGUCAGUGCCAAAACAAUAAAUACUGCUUUUGGUUUAGAUGUAAAACAUGCCGUGAUAUGAAUCUGAGGGAAGAUAUGACAAAGCACCACACGAAAAAAAGCCAUUAAGUUCAAAUACAAUUUGAUUAUUGGAUUUUAUUUUGUUUUUCUCUAUCCAUAUUUAAUUAAGGGAAACUUAUUGUUUCCCCCUUUUAUUUUUUAAACGUUCAUAUUUUUAGCAUGCCUUUUAUAUUAAUACCUUAAGGAAAUAUCUGUUUCUUUCCAGAGGUUUUAGUGGAAAGUUUGAAUCCAACAUGACAAAGUCGUAUAAGAUUUGUCAGUUAUAUAGCGCUUCUGCUGAUUGAAGCAGCAGAGACAGUAUCAGCUUUAAAGUAAGCCUUAAGCUUAAAAUUUUUAUAGUAUUUAUUCACAGCUUGGUAGACUGGGUCCUUGGCAAGGAUCCAGUACAGCACGAGCAAAGGGAUACAUGCUGCUCAGUAUGUCAAUAUCUAUAAUAAUUUGGCUAGUUUUAUCUUUUGGUUUUCUUCAUUUCUCAUCCAUCAAAAUCAUUUGAAAAUAGUGGAAAUGUGUGUGUGUUUGUAUGUAUGUAUAUAUAUAUAUAUAUAUAUACAUAUACACAUAUACAUGCUUUAUGUGGAACAUAAUAAAGGAGUGCUUAAUACAUGUUGUAGAGGGUAUGGUUAUUUUAUUGAAACUGAGUAUUUGUCUUGCAACUUGAGUUUCAAACUACUGUUAUCUUCAGCCAAGACAAUUGUAAGUAUUGUGAUAAAUCCUCACCUGAAGAUCGCAAUGGCAUGAAACUCAAGUUGUGAGACAGACUCUUAGCUUCAAUUUCAAUAAAGAAACUGUGUGUGUAUAUACAUAUAUAUAUAUAU